UGUUGGAGGCCCAGGCAGCAUGUGCAGCUGAGCUCCCCGGCACCAUGGAGGCCCUCUUCUCUCUGCUGCUGCUGCUGGCCCCAGAGGCCCUUUGGGCAGGAGGUGACACAUUGGAGACCCGCAUCAUUGGGGGUCGCGAGGCUGUUCCCCACUCCCGUCCAUACAUGGCCUCACUGCAGGAAAACGGCACCCACCUCUGUGGGGCAGUCCUUGUGGACCGCCUGUGGGUGUUGACAGCUGCCCACUGCGUGGUCCAGCCGCCCGAACAGCUGAGGCUGAAGCUGGGGCUCCAUGAGCUUGGAGACGAUGUCCUCGAUUUAAAAGUCAAGAAAGCAGUUCUGCACCCCAACUACAAGCCGGUCCCUGAUCUGAGGAAUGACCUCGCAUUGCUUAAGUUGGAGCAUAAGGUGGCUUUUGACAAGACUAUCAAGCCCCUGGCCUUACCCAGAAGGCACCGGGCAGUGGCAACAGGAGCAAAGUGCAGUGUGGCUGGCUGGGGGAAGACCCAGCAUGGGCAACUAGCAAGAGCACUGAAGGAGCUGGACAUGCGUGUGCUGGAUGCCAAGAUGUGCAACAAUAGUCGUUUCUGGAAUGGUGACAUCACCCCCAACAUGAUCUGCUUGGAAGCCAAGUCCAAGAACGAGGGCCCCUGCAAGGGCGACUCAGGCGGGCCCCUGGUGUGCACCGAAGGCCAGGUGGCUGGAAUCCUGUCCUUCAGCUCCAGAACCUGCAUUAACAUAUUCAAGCCCCCUGUGGCCACCGCUGUGGCCCCCUAUGUGUCCUGGAUCAAGAAGAUCAUCGGGCGCUGGCCAGGCCUGAUGCUUCAGAGGUGAUCCCAACUCCCCUGCUUGUGGGACCCUCCCCUGCAGAAUCAUGGGGAGGGGCAGAAAGGGGACUGGCCACAGCUCAGAGGACAAAUAAAUUGUAAUAAAGCAACUGCAGGA